UAAAAUAGGAUGUGCAGAUUCUCAGUUGAAUUUAUCAAUGCUCUGCUAAUACAAUUACAAAAGUGCUGAAACAUUUUUCCUUGUUUUAUAAUAAGCAAAAAUUGUAUUUGAAUUCAUAAGAUUAAGUCAUCUAUUAACCUAUUAUAACUAAGUGAUCUGUAUUUCUUUUUUAUUUAGGUUGAAUGUCAAUUUUAGGAACUUCUUUUGUCACCAUAUUUCACAAAACAAUCUCCAAACAAUUGCUAAAACGAGUAGUUUUGUCUCAUUUAAAGUAUUCAACAUUGGGAAGAUAUACUGAAUUUGGAAAAAGAAACAUGUCUUCACUUAAAAUAUCAAGCCUGGAUAAAAAAGCUGAUCAAGUGGAAGCUGAAAUUACCAAACUGAAGGAGGAAAUUUCAAACUUGAAGCGCAAGGUUGAAAAAGAUGUCGAUGAUGACGAAUGCUCGAAUGAACUCAAAACUUUAAGAGUUAGAAACCAAAAACUUAAAUAUCAGCAGGUACACUUAAACAGAGCAAUUGAAGAAGAGAAGAAAAUGGCACCUAAGAAAUCUUCUGAUGUUUAUUCAAUUUUGCAAAAAAUUUUUGAAUCUGCAAUCCAAGAUGCCUUCCCAGAGAUUAAGGAUGUAAAAGUAGUUCUGUCUCCAACUAAUAAUCCUCAAUUUGGUGAUUACCAAUGCAACAGUGCAAUGUCAAUAUCAAAGAAAUUGGUGAAAAAAACAUCACCAAGAGAUGUUGCAGAAAAAAUUGUUAGCCAAAUAAAAGGGAUGGAAAAUAAUGUGAUUGAAAAGAUGUCUGUAGCUGGUCCUGGUUUUAUUAAUAUUGACCUACGAAAGAAAAGUGUUUGCAAUAUUUUGAAUGAGGUUCUUAAGGAACAAGUUUAUCCACCAGAUGUUAAAGGUAAAAAGCGGGUUGUCAUUGACUUCUCUUCACCAAAUAUUGCAAAAGAGAUGCAUGUAGGUCAUUUGCGCUCCACUAUUAUUGGUGAAAGUUUAUCUCGCUUGUUAGAAUUUGUUGGACAUGAUGUGUUCAGGUUGAAUCAUGUCGGAGAUUGGGGCACCCAAUUUGGUAUGUUAAUCGCACAUUUGGAAGAUGAAUUUCCGGAUUACAAGACUGUGUCUCCUCCAAUAAGUGACCUCCAGUUGUUCUAUAAGGCAUCAAAAAAACGUUUUGAUGAAGACGAAAAGUUUAAAAAAAGGGCUUACCAGAGAGUUGUAGAUUUGCAAGCAGGAAAUGAAGAUGUGCGUAAAGCUUGGAAUAUGAUUUGUGAUGUAUCACGAAAAGAAUUUCAAAAAAUAUAUGACCGUUUGGAUGUCACGUUAAAAGAAAGAGGAGAGUCAUUUUACAACGAUCUCAUGCCAAAGCUUGUGGAAGAGCUCAAGCAAAGUAAAAAUGGCCAGAAAGCUUAUUGCACAUUAUCUGAUGAUGGAAGGUGGGUGGUGUUUGUACCUGGCAUGAAGGUGCCUCUUAUCAUGGUUAAGUCAGAUGGUGGUUUCACGUAUGAUACGAGUGAUAUGAGCGCAAUAAAACAACGCAUAGAAGAGGAAAAAGGAGAUUGGCUUAUAUAUGUGGUAGAUGCUGGUCAGGGUGAUCACUUCAAACAAAUCUUUGGUGCAGCAGAAGCUGUUGGUAUAUAUAACCGUGAACACACACGCAUUGACCAUGUCGCAUUUGGUGUUGUUUUAGGUGAAGAUAAGAAAAAAUUUAAAACUCGAUCCGGAGACACUGUCCGCUUAAUUGAUCUAUUAGAUGAAGGCUUAAAAAGAGCUAAAGACAAAUUGCUUGACAAAAAUCGAGACAAGGAACUAACUAAGGAAGAGUUCGAGGCUGCACAAACGUCAGUGGCUUAUGGUUGCAUCAAAUAUGCUGAUUUGUGUCACAACCGUAUCGCGGAUUAUGUAUUCUCUUUUGAUAAGAUGUUGGAUGACAAAGGAAACACAGCUGUCUAUCUUUUGUAUGCUUACACUAGAAUAAGAUCUAUCCAGCGAAAAGCAGGCGUUGACCGUGCUAAGCUAGCGGAAUACACAAUUAGUGAGGACUCACUCGCACAUCCGAAAGAAUUGAAGUUGGGUAAAUUAUUAUGUCGGUUUCCACAGGUGAUUGUAAAAUGUGUGGAUGAGCUAGUGUUGCAUCCAUUGUGCGAAUAUUUGUAUGAACUUGCAACUACCUUGACAGAAUUUUAUGAUGCUUGUUAUUGUAUUGAAAAGAAUAAAGAAACCGGUAAAAUCGAGAAGGUACACAUGGAACGUAUUGCAUUGCUAGAGGCGGUGGCAAGAAUUUUUGAGACUGGUUUUCACAUAUUAGGAUUAAAAAAAGUUGAAAAAAUGUAAACGAUAAAUAUAGAAUAUUAUGCAAAAGAAGACGUAGAAAUAGAAUCUA